CCAGCGAUCGCCCCCAGCUGGCGGGGCUCGCGGAUCCGCAGGGAGCCGAGUCCCGGUGUGGCAGGCUUGCGAGUUAAUAAACAGUUAAGUUUGGAAGACUCAGCAGACACGUUGAGGGGGAGUUACCAAGCCCAGGCAGCAAAAACAUCCCGGCACAUUCCUGGGGAGUCCUCAGCUGCCAGCAUCUGAUUAGAACCACAUCUCUCGCCGGGAGUGGCCGCGCCGCUCCAAGCUCCCGGCUCGCUGCUACUUAAGCGGCUCCCCGUGCGCCGCGCUGCAGCCUUCAGGCUCCGGGACGCCGAGUCAUGCUCGCCUCGCAGCGGCGCUAGCUAGCGUGUGUCUGUAGGUGAUGUUCAUGUGAGACCUCUCCAUCAGGAGUCGCCUGGUGCCGUUAAGUGUCUGCUGGAGCUGGGUUCUGAUACCUGACCUUUUGCUAUGUCUAACGAAGCAGAAGCCAGUACAACCAACGGUCAGCCAGACCAACAGGCUGCACCAAAAGCACCAUCAAAGAAGGAAAAAAAGAAAGGCUCUGGAAAGACUGAUGAGUAUCUCUUGGCCAGGUUCAAAGGUGAUGGUGUAAAAUACAAGGCAAAGCUAAUUGGUAUUGAUGAUGUGCCAGAUGCAAGAGGAGAUAAAAUGAGCCAAGACUCUAUGAUGAAAUUAAAGGGAAUGGCGGCUGCCGGUCGGUCUCAGGGACAACACAAGCAAAGGAUCUGGGUCAACAUCUCACUUUCUGGGAUAAAAAUAAUCGAUGAGAAAACUGGGGUAAUAGAGCAUGAACAUCCAGUAAAUAAAAUUUCUUUCAUUGCCCGGGAUGUGACCGACAACCGAGCAUUUGGUUAUGUAUGCGGAGGGGAAGGGCAGCAUCAAUUUUUUGCCAUAAAAACAGGACAACAGGCUGAGCCAUUAGUGGUUGAUCUUAAAGACCUUUUUCAAGUUAUCUACAAUGUGAAGAAAAAGGAAGAAGAAAAGAAAAAGACUGAAGAAGCCAACAAAACAGUAGAGAAUGGAAGCGAGGCACUAAUGAAUCUUGAUGACCAAGCUCCCAAACUGAAAUUGGGUGUUGACCAGAUGGAUUUGUUUGGGGACAUGUCUACACCUCCUGACCUAAAUAGCCCAACAGAAAGCAAAGAUAUCCUGUUAGUGGAUCUAAACUCUGAAAUCGACACCAAUCAGAAUUCUUUAAGAGAAAAUCCAUUCUUAACAAAUGGCACCGCCUCCUACUCUCUUCCUCGACCAAAGCCUCAGGCCUCCUUCUUGCCUGAAAAUGCUUUUUCUGCCAAUCUCAACUUCUUUCCCACCCCUAAUCCUGAUCCUUUCCGUGACGAUCCUUUCACUCAGCCAGACCAAUCGGCACCCUCUUCGUUUGAUUCUCUCAAAUCUCCAGAUCAGAAGAAAGAGCAUUUGCGUAGCUUGUCCGCUCCACUGAGUAAUGGGCCCCUGAAUGGUGAUGUUGAUUACUUUGGUCAGCAGUUUGACCAAAUUUCUAACCGAACUGGCAAACAGGAGGCUCAGGCAGGCCAGUGGCCUUUCCCGAGCACGCAGACCCAGCCAGCAAUGAGAACUCAGAACGGGGUAUCCGAAAGAGAACAGAACGGCUUCCAUAGCAAAUCCUCCCCGAACCCUUUUGUGGGAAGCCCAGCCAAAGAACUGUCAGUACCGAAUGGCGUAAAGCAGGACUUGGAAAGCCCUGCCCGGCCCUCACCACAUGACUCCAUAGCCAUUAUCCCACCUCCACAAAGUACCAAACCAGGAAGAGGCAGAAGGACUGCUAAGUCUUCAGCAAAUGACUUGCUCGCAUCAGACCCCUUUGCUCCUCCUGCCUCAGAAUCCCCAGGACAGAUGUCACCUACAGGACAACCUGCAGCCCUACAAACCAACCCUCUGGAUCUCUUUAAGACGGGUGUUUCCACCCCGGUGGGGCCCCUUGCCGGUCUAGGUGGUAUACCAGUUACACCUCCUCAGGCAGGACCGUGGAACCCACCGUCUUUAGUCUUCAAUCAAUCCGCUUCAGUGGUCCCAGGAACCAUGAUGAGUGGUCAGCCUUCAGGAUUUGGUCAGCCUCUGAUUUAUAGCGCCAGCCCACCUGUGCCAGGCUGGAACCAGCCUUCAUCCUUUGCAGGCUCAACUCCACCUCCUGGCCCAACUGUGUGGAAUCCUUCACCAUCUGUGGCACCCAAUACUUGGCCAUCCACGACCUCUCUGGGGAAUCCUUUCCAAAGCAAUAUAUUCCCAGCUCCUGCUGGGCCAUCCCAGCACCCUUCUAUGCUCUCCUCUCUUCUGGUCACUCCUCCUCAGCCUCCUCCCAGAACUGCCACUCCAAAGGACAUCUCCAAUGAUGCCUUCACUGCCUUGGACCCUCUUGCGGAUAAAGAAGUCAAAGAGGUGAAAGAAAUGUUCAAGGACUUGCAACUAAAGCAUCCGCCUGCAGUGCCCGCGAGGAAGGGAGAGCAGGCUCCCUCUGGGGCUUCAAGUGCCUUCUCCAGUUAUUUCAACAGUAAAGUUGGCAUUCCUCAGGAGAAUGCAGACCACGACGACUUCGAUGCAAAUCAACUGUUGAACAAGAUCAAUGAACCACCAAAGCCAGCUCUCAGACAAGGUUCCCUGCCUGCUACCAAAUCUGCUGAGAAUGCCUUUGAGAACCCUUUUACUAAAGACCCUUUUAAUUCAUCCUCACAAGUCUCUUUGUCUACUCCUCAAUCUACAGUUUCUGAUGUAUACAGAGCUUCUUUUGCAAAUCCGUUUGCAUAA